AUGCGUUGUUAUUUCACUUGUCAGGCAGACCAACUGACAGAGGAACAGACCGCCGAGUUUAAAGAGGCGUUCAGUAUGUUUGACAAAGAUGGGGACGGUACAAUAACCACCAAAGAGUUGGGGACAGUGAUGAGGUCACUAGGACAGAACCCGACAGAAGCUGAUGUACAGAACAUGAUCAACGAGGUGGACAUGGACGGAAAUGGCACCAUUGAAUUCCAAGAAUUCCUCACAAUGAUGGCACGAAAAGCGACGGAGAACGACAGCGAAGAAGAAAUCCGUGAGUCAUUCCGUGUAUUUGAUAAAGACGGAAAUGGCUUUAUCAGUUCAGCCGAGUUACGACACGUUAUGACAAAUUUAGGAGAAAAACUAACAGAAGAGGAAGUUGAUGAAAUGAUCCGAGAGGCUGACAUUGAUGGUGAUGGACAAGUCAAUUAUGAAGAAUUCGUGAAAAUGAUGACGCCGAAAUGUGGUACUCGCCAUGCUAUAUCACAUCAAAUCAAGACAGAAAUGAAGGUCAACGACGAUCCAUUACUAUUCGUAGAGGUUUUUGAAUGUGCAGAUCAGCUUACAGAAGAACAAAUCGCAGAAUUCAAAGAGGCGUUCAGCCUGUUCGACAAAGAUGGCGACGGUACCGUGACAACCAAAGAGUUGGGGACAGUGAUGAGGUCACUAGGACAGAACCCGACAGAAGCUGAGCUACAGGACAUGAUCAACGAGGUAGACGCGGAUGGAAACGGCACAAUUGACUUCCCAGAAUUCCUCACAAUGAUGGCACGGAAAAUGAAGGAUACUGACAGUGAAGAAGAAAUCCGUGAGGCAUUCCGUGUAUUUGAUAAAGACGGUAAUGGCUUUAUCAGUGCAGCCGAGUUACGACACGUAAUGACAAAUUUAGGAGAAAAGCUAACAGAUGAGGAAGUUGAUGAAAUGAUCCGAGAGGCUGACAUUGAUGGGGGUGGACAAGUCAAUUAUGAAGAAUUCGUGAAAAUGAUGACGUCAAAGUAGACAGAAACAUUUACGUAAUAUCAUCGUCGCCAGUUUUAUUGCCAUCAUCUUCUCUCAGUUCAUCCCAUAGCUUCGAGCAAGCCAAAAAAUAAGCAAACGUCGCCGAAGGAAGCUUCCAGCAACAAUUUCCUUAGGGGUCCUUGAAUUCGACAGUGGAUCUUCAUCAGGAAAUAUCUCCAAACUAGACAAUUGAUGUGCGAUUAGUAUUCUUUUAUAGAAUAAUAUUUCUAUAUUGAACAUUAUUAUUUUUUAUAUAUUAAAUGAUGUUAAUUUUUUUUCAUA